AAAAUUCAAUUUAGUUGAUAACAAUUGUUCUCAACUUGUUAGCAGUAUUGUGAGAUUAGAAGUUUUAUUGUGAUGAAGAUGGGUCGAUUUUGCCAGCUAGUCCUGAUGCUGUUGGUGGUGGGCUUAUUAGGCGGUGUGGAAGGCUCAUUAACAAGUUCAGUAGCCGUGAAGCAAUUCCUUGAUCCCCAGAACAAGGCGAGACAAGCCGUUGGAGCUCCCCCGCUUACAUGGAACCGCACGGUUGCUGCUUAUGCUAGUAAUUAUGCUAGACAAAGAAGAAGUGACUGCCUCCUUCAACAUUCAGAAGGUUCGCCCUAUGGUGAAAAUAUAUUUUGGGGCGAAGGUCCAAAGUGGACUCCUCUGCAGGCGGUGAAUGCUUGGAUUGAUGAAAGGAAGUGGUAUAUUCAUGCCAAUAACACUUGCACAGGCCCAGAUUGCUCACACUAUACUCAGAUUGUGUGGGCUACAACCACAAGUGUUGGGUGUUCUAUUAUAAAAUGUAAGAGCAGGGACACAUGGGUUAUAUGCAGCUAUGAUCCCCCGGGCAACUAUAUUGGUGAUAGGCCUUAUUGAUGGGCUAAGAAUGGGUGCGUAUACUUGUUUGUUGUUGUAUUGGUUGCACCAAAAGUCUAUCACUUGUUGGUAACAAAAAGAUAGUAUUCAUAGGGUAUUGAAUAUUGAAGACUCAUAGAUUUAUCCCUAUUCGUAUGAUAAGGAAUUGUGAUAAUGAAAUUGUUAAUGUAAACUUCGGUAUGUGUAAUAAUCAAUUAUA